GAUUCAUCGCCUCAACAACUGACUGAUGAUGCUACAGAUGCAUCCUCACAAUCUCUCAAUGGCCUGCAAGACCUUGACAAUACUACGCAUCACGGGAUUUGAAUGUCACGUAUGUUUCUGCAACCUCGUCAUGAUGCUACCAGCGCUUACCACUGCUGCAACACUGUCCUGCGCGGCUGGCUCACCAAGUUGCUUACGAGAAGAUGAGAGCUCUGGCUUGACCCUAUCAUAAUGAUCCCGAAGUUGUGUGCCGCCAGGUAUGAUGUCGAUGGCCCCUCAAAUUUGACCAACAGGCGCCUAUCGCCUCUGCCCUGUCGCCCUGCAACUCCAGCGGUGGGUUUUCGUUUCACUGCACACUACGCCCUGCACGCUACGCACUACGCGUCAGUUGGGGGUCGACACUCUGCUUCUUCUGGUUCCACUUGAUCCACAUGACCGUCGUCUCGAAAUUGAUCAGGCCCUUUUAGCCGACAAGAGACAUCAACCUAAACCUUGGGCAGCUAAGAUUCGUGGGCCUGUCCUACCUGUUCUUGCAACUUCUAACCGACGAGGCUCGCAUGAACUCAACCGUCGAGGCUUCAGGAUGCAUGCGAAUGGGUGAACGCCGGCGAGACACUCAGGCAGAAUACAACCAUCAGCGGUGAGCUCUUUUGGAAUGCGGUUGUACUAUGCAGUGAUGAGCUUGGAGGCACGCCUUGGGCUAAGUCUAUGCCCCCAUCUUCCUGAAUUAGCCCAGCCUUGUAGAUCUGGGAAAUCACUACGGCGAGUGUGUUUUGAGAAUGAAACAGCUUCGAGGGGCCAAGAUGAGAGCGAUUUUCCACGAUCAAACUAAGUAAGUGUCUCACACCUCGAAUUCGGUCAACAUCGAAGCCCUGAGAGCGAUCUUGGCCUCAGAUACCUCUGAUAUCGGGGCUCUUUACGUGUGUCACAGUGAAUAUGCACGACAUCUCGAAAAUGGGUCAUCAUCGUUCGUCUGCUGAAAGUACAACGAGCGGGGGCUAGCUCAAGUCGUUAUCCUAAUGGGUGCAAUCCUUCCAGUAGUAUGUGUUGUUUCAGACGUGAGUCAAGACCGAAGCUUGAGAGACAAUCAAGGACACCACUCUGAGAUCCGGGCUUCUCGGUGUGGACACGGUUCUUUCACGGUGCAAAUCGUCCUACCGAUGGCCGUGUCACCGAUGAGAUGGAUGCCGUUGACCGAGUCCAAUGGCUUAAAUCAAUGGAUCUCGAUCAGUUUCAUCCGGGGCAUGUUGCUUGAGCACUGUUGCUGAGAAGGCCCGCUAGAAAGCUGAGUGAGCGAUUGAUCAUCCGACUAAGCCCAUCACUAUACCAAAGGGGAAGGCUUGGCAUUGCUUCUCCUACUUCACGGUCAAUCGGCAUUCCUCAAAGCGCAUUCCCAAACAAGAAACACCACUAUGCCUAAAUGACACCUGGCAGAAUUGCAGCAUCUUAUCAAUCAGAGUCAAUCGAAGCUUGUCCUAUCACAUUGUCUCAUUGCUCCAUCCUGCCUCGACCUUGGAACAACGAGACAAACAACAUUGACGUCGAAGCACUCGUCACAUUUACAGCCCCGCUCAUCACAGGACACGCUGCGUGUACCAGUAAGUCCUCGAGAGCUUAUCCAUGCUCCCUGGUACCAGUCCUUGGCAGGUCGGCGAACUUGGCGAUGAUGUGGUGUCUGGUGAAGCCUUGUUCACACAUUGAUCCUAUUGACAUCCAGAGACCCACGCUCCCAAACAAGCCUACGUAGCUCACAGACACCAUCAUGGGCGCUACGUACCCGCCUAGCUCUUCCCCACAGGUCUACUUUACUGCCCUCCAUCAAGCGAGCAUCAUCCAACCCCGUCGACCUAUCACACAUUUAGCCUGUGUGGCCUGCUAGCUCCCGUCCGGAUGAUGAUGCAAGAGAAGGUUCGAAGAACAAACUAAGCAGAAGCCUCCUUCGUUUGUCACCCACCCUGCCACCUCCACUUCACUUUCACCAGACCUCUUCUGGCACGAUCGAGAUUUGAGACUCCCGUUGUCUCAAUCUGCAAAAUCCCAAGGAGUCCUUUGACCGCCCUUCUGUUAUGACUGGUACCCAUUUACCCAAAUGAGAAGGCGUGCAGGUCCUCCGUGCAAACGGCUUCGGGACUUUCCACGUUAUCCACCUUCUUAAAGCCACGAGUUGAUUCGUCCGGGUGUCAUUCUCAAUAAGGUUCGUCUCCAUAAUACUGAGGCUUCUUCUAGGGUUGGCAGCUCAGCCAUUCAGCCUUGUCAUAAUGUUCUCCUGGGUUGUCAUCCGAAGUGGCAUCGGUCCGGGGCCUCCACUCAGCCACCCACCUUGCAAGGCUCUUUAAGAAAUGAGAUGUUUGUUUUUGCAGAUCGGCGAGUACGUCAGCGCGUCAAAAAACGAAUGUGGUGUUUGCUAUGGGGUCACAAGAUGUAACUCAGCCUAUCUCUCGAUACAACUGGAUGCCUACACCGCGUCAAGAUGGAUCCCUCCUCGGCGAUAGUGCCAUGAUCGGAAAGAGCCGUACUAGCAAGCGGCCACUUAGUGGGUCUGCAGGACACUGCAAGCUACUGUACACACAGUAGAUGAUGCUCUCAGAAACGAGAAUAGCCGAAAACAUAUGCAGUCAAGUUAGACGGAGGUUCAUUACUGGAAAAAUGCAAAUUAGCCUUUGCUUUGCUAAGGGCUGUCUCCGCGGAAAUUUUUCACGACAGAGGUCCCAGUCCCAGUCCUAGCGUCAACCAGCAUUGACUCUUGUGGCCCCCCAUUAUCCUGCAUGUGCGU